AAUCGGAGGAACGUGUUCAUUUCAAGUUCCGCUAGCGCUACAGUUAAAACCCAUUUGAGUUUGUUACCGAGUCCUAAUCGUACUACAAUAUGAAUGGAACCAAGUAUACCAAUGGUGAAAUCAGAAACGGAAAUGGUUUCGAAACGAAUGGUGAUAGGUUACCUAUUACCGUUAAAAAGAUUCAAUUUUUAACCACACAACCCUCAUGGAACACUAACAACUCGAUUGACAACAACAAUACAAUAUCUGAUAAUGGACGUUGCACCUACGAUGAUUUGAUGAUCACAGCCAAGUACGUACUUGAUAGAAUACCGAAGAUGCCAUCAAUCGGGAUCAUUUGCGGGUCAGGAAUGGGUCAGUAUUGGAAUGAAGGUGCUUUAGCCGACACUUUACAAGAUAAAACGAUAAUACCUUACGGUGAAAUUCCAAAUUUUCCCGUAAGUACAGUCGAAGGUCACGCAGGUCAAUUAGUUUUUGGAGCAUGUUCCGGAACUUACGUAGUUUGCAUGCAAGGUCGUUUCCAUCAUUACGAGGGUUACCCAUUAUGGAAAUGCGCGAUGCCAAUUCGCGUUAUGAAAUUAAUCGGGGUUGAAUUUCUGAUUGCAACAAACGCGGCCGGCGGAAUCAACCCGGCUUUCAACGAAGGCGACGUCAUGUUGAUUAAGGAUCACAUCAACAUGAUGGGAUUCGCCGGAAAUAACCCGUUACAAGGCCCGAACGAAUCGCGUUUUGGACCUAGAUUCCCACCGAUGUGCAAAGCUUACGAUCGCGACUUAAUCGAGAAAGCGAAAGAUAUUUGGAAAAAUCAACAAUUCGAUGGGAGGUUGUUUGAAGGUGUUUAUACGUGUUUGGGGGGGCCAAACUUUGAGACAGUGGCCGAAUUAAGAAUGUUAAAAUUGUUGGGUGUUGAUGCCGUUGGAAUGUCAACUGUUCACGAAGUUUUAACAGCAAGACAUUGUAACAUGACUGUUUUAGCGUUUAGUUUGAUUACGAAUGAAUGCGUAAUGGAUUAUUAUGAUCAUAGUCAACCGAAUCACGAAGAAGUUAUUGAUGUGGGAAAAUUGAGACAAUCUACGUUAAGAAGAUUCGUCGAAGAGAUUGUCGCUUAUAUAGCAAAAAAUCGAAUGAAAUAAAAAAUUUAAAUGUGAAGAAUGAUAUUAUUAAUAAUAAUUAUUAGUUAGUCCUA